AUGGCUGCCUCCAGGGGUUUGAACCCACGAGCACCGGCGUACAUACCGCUAUCCUCCACUACUCAAAGCCCUUUCACAAACUGCCCGCCACUGCCGCCACACAUCCACCACUUCCCUUUCUCAUCUCCACCACCACCGCCUUCUUUCUUUCCCACCGCCUCCCAAUCUCCACAACUCCACCCCCAAUCACCUCUUUACACCACCCCCUACCCCAUCCAUCCACCGCCUCCUCCGCCGCCACGGGUGGUUGAACCUCCACAGGUUGUUCCGAGUACUGUGGGCGCUGAAACGGGGAGAAUCGGAGGUCCAAGGAGGAGGCCUAGAGCAGUAACCUGUGGUAGUAGGGGUAUUACCAGUGGGUUCAGAUCAUCACGACACCACCACCAAAAGGAGCCCAAUUUUGGCGGGAGUUUUAACAACAGCAAUAAUAAGUUUGGAAAUACUUCUAGGGCUGGUAGUAGUAGUAGAAACUGGGAAAGGAGGAGAGGGUCAACUUUAAAGAAGCAUGAGGUGUUACCUCUCUCUCAUUGUGAAGAGAAAACUACUGUGAUGAUCAAGAACAUUCCCAAACUCUACAGUGGGGAGUUGCUGUUGAAGUUUCUUGAUGAGCACUGCAUGUUGGAGAAUCAAAAGAGGGAGGAGAAUUCGGCGGAAGAAGAUCGUACGGUCUCGGCUUUCGAUUUUAUGUAUUUGCCUAUAGAUUUCAGUACUGGGUGUAGCAGGGGGUUUGCGUUUGUAAAUUUCACAGAAGCAAGAGCAGUGUGGAAGUUCUUGAGAGCGUGCAAUAGAAAGACUUGGGACUUGUUCCAAUCCCCCAAGAUCUGCGAGAUAGUCUGUGCUAAGAUCCAGGGAAAAGAGGCACUGGUGAACCAUUUUGCGAAGUCCACGUUCCGAUGCGAAUCGGACGAGUUUCUACCCGUUUGUUUCAGCCCGCCAAGGGACGGGUCCGGCACUGAGUUGGUAGAAGAAACCCGGAUUGGGAAACGUAUAGCCUCCACCACACCAAAUGUAUAA